CAUUGGAUUUAAAUAUCACAAGGUGUGUGAUCUCAUCGUCACAAUGUUUUUUUAGUCUUUUAAAUGCUUUUAAUUGUUUUUCCUUACACCUCAAGUAAGACUUACAGUAUCUGUGGGUGUCAGGGUGAUAUUGAUCACAAAACCCACAUACUUCCUGUUUUUUUUCUCUCCAGUAAAAACAAACCAAAAUGCUUUAGCCACCAUCACACCAUCGUCAAACUGACAAGGAUACGUUACCAUGACUGACAGAUUCACUCUGCUCAUCUUUAUCCUUUCUCUCAUACAUCAAAAUGUUUGUUCAGAUUUUAGCGUGAGUAUCCCGCUGAACCACACUCUAUAUGAAAAUGGAUCGAUCAGUGUCACAUGUGUGCAUGAUAAAGAGGAAGGCCAAUGGGAGGCCAAGCUAAUAAUGAACAAGAGCGAAACUGUGUGUGAGAUUAAAAAAAACAACCCAAAUGAUAAGUGCCAUUGGGAUCAUACAGACAACAAAUUCAAAUUCACCUUAAGGAAACCGGAGGCCAGACACAAAGAUCAACUGUUUUUGUGCCAGAUUUCCAAAUUAAGGCCAUUACCAAUAAAAACUAGGGAAGGUCCGGAAAUCAAGCUUUUCAAUGGUUCCAAUAUUCCUUUUCCUCCGCCGACGAAGGUGUGUGUAUGCCCUACCCAGACACCAGGGCAGGAGAAUUGCCCGCCGACAAACGAGACCUCACAUGGAAACAUAUACACCCUUUUAAUCAUUGGUAUGAUUGUUAUAGUGGCGGUCCUCUCUCUCUAUAGUGCAGUUAUUACCGGUCUCUACAUCAGAUUGAAGGCUACAAAGGUUGAGUCUUCUGACACUCUCACCUAUGUGCCAAUGCAGAGAAAAGUAAAACAGCAUGAUCCAGACAACACAGAAUAUGUUGACAUGCGUGAGGUGCAGAAAAAAGAAAGAUCCAUCAGAGAUGUAAACCACAACUGCUGAAAAGAUCUGCUUAGAUCACCAUUAAUGUUCAGACUGGUUUAUAAUGGAGAGUUAACUGGUGUACCAGUAUGGUCCUUAUGGUGAUCUCAGUUAACAAAGAACAUUUAAUGGGAAAAUGUUUCCAUGGACCCUGGUUGAAAAACAUAGCCCAACCAACAUCCAAUGCUGAUGACCAGCAUUUUCAACAGUAUUAUCCAAUGUGUGCUGUCUGAGCUAUAUACAACACGUUGAGACUCCUGGAUGUAUAUAUAGUUAAGCUGCAAGCUAAAAAUAUCACAGCACAAAAACACUGACUUUAUAUUAAUUGCAUGUAUAUGGCUGUUGUAUAUGGCAUUAUCUGCCUAUUAUACACCAGCACACAGUCUUGUCUUUUAUUGAUGAAUGUUUUCAUGUAUAAACUCAUGUACUUUACCCUAUUCAUUUAAAUGUAGCUAUGUCCAGCAGAAAGUAUAUCAUAUUUUAUAUUCUUGUUUUAACAUGUUUUUAGUUGUAGGUCCCAUGGAUCAAUAAACCAUGAUAAUAUCUGGUUUAACACUU